AUGAUUGAAAAGAUUCCCAGUUCCCCAUCUGGUCGUGUGCAGAAAUCCUUCCUCUGUCUUUGUUUCACGCUUGAUCUUCUUCUUCCCUCCGCUCUCGCCGCUACAGGCCAUUUCCAUUUCCAUUUCCGCUCGUCAGCAGCGAUUUUCUCUCGUUUAGCGAAUCUCGAAGCUAUCAGCUUUCUUCCUCUCCUUCUCUUUUUCUCUCUCUCUCGUCACGUUCUAGGCAAUCAGUCUACCGCCAUGUCCAAGGACCUAGCGGGUAUCCGACAAGCGUUGGAACGUGCGCGCAACUGUGAGGAUGGCACCGUGGACCCGCAAACCACCGCCAUCCUCGAAGCCGCCAUCACCGAACUAUGGACGCGCAUUCAGGCCGAUCCGGAUAGCUAUGUGCUUACCCGCGACGAGUUCGCCCUCUUCAAUUACUUCCUCGAGCGCUACCGCGGCUCGCCUGUCGCCCAGCGGGCUGUGGCGCGAUUUUGGAACAACUUUCAGGCCUCCCCCAACGCUGGGGCCAAGAAAUAG